AAAUUCAGAUCAUGCAUUAUAAGCACCGGUAUAUCUUUAGCCCAGUCUCCUGCCCAAGCGCCAUCGAAAAGUGAAGCUCAAGCCCCGACUAAAGCUCAAACCCCCGCUAAAGCACCGACGUCGACUCCAGCAGUCGAACCCCCGUCCGAAGUACCACUUGUUCAAGCCCCACCACACAAAGCCCUGGCCGGACCAACCGAUGUCUCCAAAGUCCUCGAAAAAGCAGGCGGCUUCAGCGUCUUCAUCCGCCUCCUGAAGAGCACAUCCGUUAGCAUUCAGAUCGAAAAUCAGCUCAACGUCUCCAACACCUUGACCAUCUUCGCACCAACAAACGGCGCGUUCUCCGCUCUCAAACCCGGCACUCUCAACUCCCUCUCAACCGAGCAAAAAGUCCAGCUUGUGCAAUACCACAUUCUCCCAUCUCUCGUGUCCCUCCAAAAUUUCCAAACUCUGAGCAACCCUGUAAGGACACAAGCCAGCAAUAUCUAUGACUUCCCACUCAACAUUACAGUUGAAGGCAGUUGGGUAAACAUGUCGACCGGAAUUGUGAACACCACGAUUUCAGGGACGGUUUAUGAAGACAAUCAGCUGGCUAUUUACAAGGUUGAUAAAGUGCUUCUUCCUCUUGGCAUUUUCGCUCCGAAACCAAAGCCAUUGGCGCCGGCACCAACGCCAGUCCUGAAGCCCAAGAAGGAGACUAAUUCUUCAUCUUUGUCUUCGUCGGACGAUUCGGACAGCCCGGCGGCGGUGUCGGAUACUGCUUCUACGGCCUUCAGUCUGGCCGGAAAUGGCAUGGCCGAGAGGAUUGGAGUUUUUGUGGUUGGGACGAUUUUCAUUUUGGUCUCAAUUUGA